AUGGCGGGGCAAUCGGAGCUGGACCGGUGGAUAGAGCAGCUGAAGAAGUGCGAGCCUCUAAAAGAGUCGGACGUGAAGACUCUUUGCCAGAAGGCCCUGGAGAUAUUAGUAGAGGAGAGCAACGUUCAGCGUGUGGAUGCUCCGGUGACAGUUUGCGGCGAUAUACACGGCCAAUUUUAUGAUCUUAUGGAGCUCUUCCAAGUUGGAGGAGAUUGCCCCAUGACGAACUACCUUUUCAUGGGUGACUUCGUGGAUCGGGGUUUCUACAGCGUUGAAACAUUUCUGCUGCUACUCGCACUAAAGGUUCGGUAUCCCGACCGCAUCACGUUGAUCCGGGGCAACCAUGAAAGCCGGCAGAUUACGCAGGUGUACGGCUUCUACGACGAGUGCUUGCGGAAGUACGGCUCGGUCAACGUAUGGCGUCUCUCCGCGGUCAUUGACAACUCCAUAUUUGCCGUACAUGGAGGCCUGUCGCCCACCAUAUCCACACUCGAUCAGAUCCGCACCAUAGACCGCAAGCAGGAGGUCCCUCACGACGGCGCCAUGUGCGACCUGCUGUGGUCCGACCCCGAGGAUAUCGAGGGCUGGGGUCUGUCUCCCCGCGGCGCCGGCUUCCUGUUCGGCGCCGACGUGUGCCGCGCCUUCACAGAUGCCAACAAGAUCGACCUGAUUUGUCGGGCACACCAGCUGGUGAUGGACGGCUACAAGACCAUGUUCAACGAAAAGCUGGUGACGGUCUGGUCGGCACCGAACUACUGCUACAGAUGCGGGAACGUGGCGGCCAUUAUGGAGGUGGAUGAGCACCUUGGGAAGAACUACAAGGUGUUCGAGGCGGCACCUCAGGAGGUCCGGGGUAUCCAGUCAAAACGCGCUGCGCCGGACUACUUCUUGUGA